AUGCCCCGGGACUCAGCUACCGGACAACGGCGACACCGACGCGCGGUCGCGCCAACUGGCGCCCGCCGCACCGCUUUCCCAAGGGAGCCUGCGGAGACCCCGCCACCGGCGGAGCCGAGCGAGACGGCCCCGCCGCCGGCCACCUGCCGGGCCCGCACCGUCGCCGCCAACGGCCGCCCCGCGCGUGCCCGCGCGCACGUACCGCUACGAGCGCACGGACCCGCGAGCGCAGGCUCCGCCAGGGCAGCGGCGGGGAGUUCCCCCUCGCCCGGCAUCCAACCCGCCGGCGGAGGGGCAGCCACAGGGCCCGGCCCGGUUUCAGCGCAGCCCUCCCCCCCCAGCCCCCCAGGCUCGGCCUCGCCAGCCGCCCUCAGGGUCGCGCAGUCUCCGCCCCCUCCUCUCCUUCCCUUCCCUAUCCCCCGCCGCGGAGAAGCCCGAGGCCCACGGUCCUGCCCCCCUUACCGCCACGACCGGACAGCGCCCGCCGGGGCUCGACCCCCAUCGUCUGGCGCAGCCGCCCCCGCCGACGGCCCCGGAGGCGGCGGGAGGGGGCGUGGCAGCGCCGCGGCGGGCGAGGGAAUUCCCGCCGGGGGCGGAGCCGGGGGCGGUGGGGACAGUGCGCGCCUGCGCCCCGGCGGCUUCUGCGCGAGCUGCCGCUCCGCCACCGUCUCUCCGCGCCCCGCCCCCAGCGCUCACGUGGCGGCCCGCGGGCCCGCCCCCGCGCAGGCGUGGUCGGCCGCCGUCAGCCGCGCGCAGGCCGCCCGUCAGGGCCGCCGAGGGCUCCCCCCGCCCGGGGCCCUUCGGGUCGGGGGCGAAAAUAGCGCCUGGGGCGGUGGUGGCGGCCCGCGGCCAUGCCCAGCGCUUUCGCAAAACGUGACGCGUCGGGGACCGGAGGAUUAG